CCAGUAAGAAUAUUCCCGAAUCUCAGGCCGCGGGGCUCGCCCAGCCGAUCACUCCCCCCAAGGGCAAAACUCAAAGAGCCUAGGCGGCUUUCUCCUGCAUCCGCCACGCCUAACGGGCCAUCUCCACGGUCCUGCUGUACGCUGAGACUUAGUGGUGCGUGCUUGGUGCCUGCGCUUGUGCUGCUGCUGCUGCUGCUUCUGCUUCCCCCCGGGCUGCCACGCACACUUUCCGUCUCUGCUCACCCUUCCAUUCUUCUUUCUUUUUUGUUUCUCUCCUCAUUCACUAUUGUUUUCUUGAAAGCAUUCCCUAUACACCGGUCUGCGGUAUCAUCGACCAUAUUUGCUCCGUUACCGCUGAGCAGCGCACCUUGACACCUGUCGUCGACCACUCCUUGCCACCUGUGACAGCUGCCACCACCUGUGCUUGCCUUCCUGUCGCAUGCCAAAUUGACCGACAACCGCCAUUCUGCAAAUUCUUAACGUUUUCACUAGCCAUAAGGUGCACUUUUUCGAUUUUGGACGACUCCGAGUCAAUAAAAGAAGCCUCGACCUACAAAAUAUAUUACUCUUUGUCCCUUUACGUCUAUUCGGACAUCUAGUCGCCUGGUGUCGCAACUGGCUUGUACUGCUUGCGCAAGCAGUUCCUCGACUUCGUCUACCUUCCACUUUGCAUAUUUACCGUUUGCAAAACACCGAAUAUCCGUUCUCACAAUAGCUAUGGCCGACCCAGGUCGUCACCCGUACCAACGGUCACCGAAUAUGGUACCGCGCUAUGAGACCGCACACUCUUUAGGACCACCAGGCCACCCUGGCCACCACAGCUCUGGCAUGGCACAGCUUCCCUCAGUUAGCCAUGGCUUUCCACCUUUCAGCCAACGCCCUCAUAGUGGGAUGAUGAGCCGGGACUCCAUGAGCGACAGUAUGGGCAGCGGCCACGGACCACCCACUUCGAUGCAAGGUGGCAUGGGAUCACAAAACCAAAAACGAGCAUACAGACAAAGACGAAAGGACCCUAGCUGCGACGCUUGCAGGGAACGAAAGGUUAAGUGCGAUGCUACAGAAACCUCAAGCUGUUCCGAAUGCUCCAGCCGCAACGUCAAGUGCCAGUUCACCAAAGAGACCAACCGCCGCAUGUCUUCUAUAAAGCAAGUGCAAGACUUGGAGAAGCAGAUCGAAAAGGUCAAGCGCCAAAACAUAAACUACCGUCGAAUGCUCAACGAUUGCAAUGUUCCCGUUCAGGACAUGGAAGUCGAAAGCGGUGAUGCCUCGCCGUUCCCUCUGCCAAUUGUCGACCCUGAGCCGAGGCCAAAGCGAGGAGCGCCCCUUCCCGAACUCCCUAGAGUGCGAUCGAACAUGCGCAAUAUGUCCAAGGGAAUAUGGGCUACACCGCACACUUUUGAGCAUACCAUCCCUGCCAGGCAAAUUGACGUCCCAGAUAUGCCUCCCAAAGCCAUGGUAGACGAGCUACUCGACGCAUACUACAACACAGCACACAGCAUGUUUCCCAUCAUACAUCUGCCAAUCUUUAGACGUGAAGUGGAUGAGCUGUACCGGAGCGCCCCGAGACAAGUUUCUUCGUCGUGGCUGUCCAUGUUCUUUGCUGUCCUGGCUACUGGCAGCUUGUUUAGCUUACAACCCCCCACGCCAAACUCAUACAGUCGCCCUGGCGACCUUCUCGACUCUGCACGAAAGGCAAUCGACCCCUGGUGUGAUGAAUAUAAUCUCGACGAUGUACGAGCACUGUUUCUGAUUGCAUUGAGUCUGAAUGAAAUGAACAUCAGGACCUCGGCUUGGAGCUGGACCGGCAGAGCCGUAAGAGCCGCGCAAUCUCUCGCCCUCUACACCGAAUCCGACGCAUGGUCUGUUAUCGAAGGCGAGAUGCGCCGGCGAACGUGGUGGGCCAUAUAUGUUUUGGAUAGAACCAUGUCUUCAGAAUUUGGUCAUCCUUUUCUUAUUGAUGAUGCGGACUGCGACGUGCGCCUCCCUGCUGCCGUUGAUGACCACUAUAUUCAGUCGGAUGGCAUGCACGUACCCGAGGGAGCAGAACCAUUGACACACUCGCUCUUGGCUAUUAUACAUGUUGUGAGGUCCUACAGUGGCGUUCUAAAGUCUCUACAGUUACCCUCGAUUCCUGCCGGACAUCUUUCCAGCUUCGAUGGACAUCUACGCAAGUGCCUCAAUACAUUUCCACCAGCAUGCGACCCAGCGAGCACGGUAGCCUUAGCACCGCAUUUCCUACCGCCUCUUGCCUAUCUGCUCCAUGCUAGGUUCAUUCUACAUCGCCACAACCUCGCACCGAACUGUGAGCCCGAGACACGCUUUGCUGCCCUUGAGCAGUGCUCGCGCAUCGCACUAGAGACGGCUUCACUGGUUUCUAGGAGCAAUAAUCCUGCUGAGGGUGCCACAGCCCUGUUUGUCAUGCAUCUCUUCCGGUGUGCCUUGGUGUUGCUCAUUACAGCGUCCUUCGAACCUGCCGUGGCUUGUAUUCAGGCACUGGCUGCCAUUGAUGGCCGACGCGAUGUUGCAACUCCUUGUGGACGAUACUUAGCCUUCUUUGUCAACAUUCUCGACGCUAAGCGAACGAAGCUGUCCGAGCACCCCAUAUCCGCCACCAGCUUACUCACUGCUCUUGCUGGUGAUGAAGAGCUGCUUGCCUAUGUUUCCGCCGAUGCACAAGCAUCUCCACCGCGCACCUGGGUUUGGGCCAUGGACAGCGACAACGCUCUCCCACAGAGCCCAUCCAUCAGGUCGUCACCGGCUGGCGGCGCUUCUACCUUUAGUCGGGGCCACCGCACAGGGUUGACUGAAGAUGAGGCACACAACUGGGGCGGUUGGCUGAAGCUUGAGAACACCAUUCGUGCCAUUCUCAAGGAUAGCGAGCAAUUGUGGUCUAACAAAAUGGCUCUGAAGCAAGAACCGGGGGUUACCUCCAUCAACUCUGCGCCUAGAAUGCCAGAACCCCCACGCCGCUCCCCAGAGAGCAUCAUGCACAAAGGCUCAGACCGAAUCAGCAUUGCCAAUAUUAUAUAAUCUGGCAAUCUGCAUCAAUAUGGAUCAUGCUGUGGUCCAGCCCUGAGCUAACCCAUUUAUGACAAUCUAUAAACAGCAACUGGUUUUUACGAAAUCGCCUGUAUGACUUUUGUUCUGAUUCCCUCCUCUUUUGGGUGGCUUUGAAAAGCGAUUUUUUCCCCUUUUUUUUCUCUUCUUCGAAAAUGAUUUUUGGCUCCUUAAAAUUGGACUAUAUCCUCUGUUCUAGUCCGGGACACAAUUUUUUCUUUAUUUGAGUUUGGUUCUAUGCUUUGUGCCUUUGGUCCAUGAGAUAUCAAGUCGGAACUUGGAAUCCGGAUGAGGCUGCGGCAUAUUACACGACAGGUUGGAGUUGACAGAUGGUGUACGAAAUACUGCAUCUAGCGAAUUUUCUGCUUUGUAUAUAUUUUCUGCUUCUCCUGUCUAUAUAUAUUAUUUUGGGAGGGAUAUUCUGGACAUAUUGGCUGGCUUGGUUAGCGAUUGCUGGUACCAUGCCCCUGUGUAGGCAUUUUCUUUUGGGUUCAACUAGUUUACAACUCCAAUCAUGCAAUUUGGCAAAUAUUCUUUAGUCCUCCUUACGUGACCUAUAUGCUUGAUCAUCAGCUUGAGUAUAUGUAGUCUUGGGGCUUGGGUGGUUCUUAAAGACUCUCGUUCUCGAGUUUGAGUUCGGAAUACCGAGACUCUACCGCUUUUUUAAGCAGCCCAUCGUCGCCUGUAUAGUUUGCCAAGUC